GUUUUUGAGAUUCACAUGUUACAAGCGCAUAUUAAAUUUCCUAUUGACUACCCAUAUUCACCACCUACCUUCAGAUUCUUGACCAAAAUGUGGCACCCCAACAUUUAUGAGAAUGGAGAUGUAUGCAUUUCAAUUCUUCAUCCACCCGUAGAUGACCCACAGAGUGGUGAACUGCCCUCCGAAAGGUGGAAUCCUACUCAGAAUGUCAGGACUAUCCUCUUAAGUGUAAUCUCAUUGCUUAAUGAGCCCAACACCUUCUCCCCAGCCAAUGUGGAUGCUUCAGUUAUGUUCAGGAAAUGGAGGGACAGUAAAGGAAAAGACAAAGAAUAUGCUGAAAUCAUUAGAAAACAGGUUUCAGCCACGAAAGCCGAAGCAGAAAAGGAUGGAGUAAAAGUCCCCACGACCCUGGCGGAAUAUUGCAUCAAAACUAAAGUGCCUUCCAAUGACAACAGCUCAGAUGUGCUUUAUGACGACUUGUACGACGAUGACAUUGAUGAUGAAGAUGAGGAGGAGGAAGAUGCCGACUGUUAUGAUGAUGAUGAUUCUGGGAACUGAUGAUGAUGAUGAUUCUGGGAAUGAGGAGUCGUCACCUGCUCCUUCGAAGCCCCUGUACUGCCCUGCCCUCUCAGGCCAAAGGGAGGGGAGCAAGUGGGGACCUAGCAGUGGCCCCUCAGCAAAAACCUAUCACAGGGGGUGGGGAAAACAAACAUGGCUCCUGCUGACUCCCCUUGUGGAUCUCAGUUUGCUCCUUUUUAUGGACCUCUUAAUGGAGAGAAGGUAAUCCUCCACAGAAUGUCCGAAUUCUUGCAUUCUUUUACCCUUCCAUCACUGUAUUGAUUUUUUCCCCCUUUAAACCCAAACCC